AUACAGGUCGACGAGUGACUAGUGAGGGGGUAUGGCACUGCUUGAGGCCAUUCGGGCUAACGACGGCGAAGCUCUUGCGGCGAUGGUGGCGGGUGGCGUCGAAGGGCUCAACGAGGCUGGGGACGGCGGCCUGACACCGCUGACCCUGGCAGUGGUCACGGGCAACGCCGGUGCUGUCGCCGCCUUGUUGGCGCUGGAAGAGCUCGAUCCAAAUGUGGUGACACCCAAGGGAUUUACUGCGCUCAUGCUGGCGGUGGAUGUCGGCGAUCCGGCGCUGUACGGGCCGCUGCUCGCCGACGCCCGCGUCGAUCCCGCUGUCCGCGGUCGUGAGGGCAUGACACCGCUGAUGGCCGCGGCGGCACGCAACAGGGAUGGUGCAGUAGUCGCCCUGCUAGCUACCGACCGCGCCGAGCCUGAGGCCGCUGAUGACGCCGGGUGGACGGCGGUACAUGCUGCCGCUGCCCAGGGCGCGGUCGAGGCCCUCGGCGUCCUCGCAAGCGAAGGCAUCGUCGCCGCCACCGCCACCGUGUGUGACUCAUCGGGCUGCACUCCGCUGAUGUACGCAUGCAUCCGCGGCGAGCCCCGUACUGUAUCAGUCCUGUUGGACGCAGCGGCCGAAGCAGUCAACUUGCCCGGGGCGAGCGGCAAGACGCCGCUCCUUGAGGCGGUCGAGCGCGGACAUGUCGGGCUGGUGCCGGCGCUGUUGGCCGCCGGUGCCGAUGCCGCAGCAAGCAAUGCAAAAGGAAUCACCGCUCUGCACCUUGCUGCCGCGAACAACCUCGUUGAGGUUGUGUCACUGCUCGCGACGCCGGCAACGAUCAACGUCGUCGACAACAGCCAGCGGACAGCGAUGUUUCUCGCGGCUGGCCUUGGGAACGCGGCCAGCGUCCGUGUCCUGGCUGAGGUGGACGGGGUCGAUGUGCUCAUUCCCGGCCCACGCGAGACCAACGCGGUGCACAUGGCAGCCGAGGCCGGGGCAGCGAUUGACGCGCUGAUAGCGGUCACGCCUGGCGCGCUCCAUAUCGGCAACGAGGACGGCAUGCUCCCGAUCCACUUUGCGGUCCGCGGGACGCAGACAGCGACGCUGCGGUGGCUCCUCGAGCAGGAAGGGGCCGAGCCGGCGGCUACCGAUGCCGAGGGCUGGACCAUCCUGCACAUGGCUGCGGCUUCGGGUGUCAUGGAUGUGCUCGAGAUGUUGACCACUGGCGACCUUGCCGGCGUCGUCCCGCUCAAUGCGGUCACCAUCCACGGCGACACGCCAUUGCACAAGGCAGCCCGGUACGGCCAGGCCGACGCGGCGCGGCUGCUGGCUGGGGUUCCGGGUGUUGACUUUGAUGCGCUCGACUGUGAUGGCCUCACUCCACGGCAAGCUGCGGCUGCGGCUGGCCACGAAGAAGUGGCCGCGCUUUGCGUUCCGUGCCAGGUGCCAGAGUGCGCUCCGCCUACGCCGGUGAUGGAGGCGGCGUUUGAGGAGCGGACGGUUGCCCACAUUGCUGCUGUGGCUCGCAACCUCGAUCUCAUCUCCCAAACUCUCCCAGAUCUGGCGGAAGACCUCAGACUCCGCGCUGAUGUGCACGAUGCCUCCAAGUGGGACGAGCCGGAGCGGACUCCGUACGUCUGGCUCACGGCGUGGUACGCAGCAGCGGCACGCGAUGAGCCGCUCGAGUAUCCUGCUGGUGUUGCCGCUGCUGUUGCCGCCGCCAUCACCCAUCACAAGGCCUGCAACCGCCACCAUGUCGAGUUCCACGGCGCGGCAGGUUUCGCAGGCAUGAGCGACCUUGAUCUCGCCGAGAUGGUUGCUGACUGGGCGGCCAUUGCCCAAGAGCAAAGUGGCGAGACCACAACCAGUCCUCGCGAGUGGUUUGAGGCGAGCGGACGGGACAAGUGGGAUGUCUCCGACGCCGACGCCGCCCGCAUCCUGUCAUUCAUCGACGCACUCGAGGUAGCCAUCUCUUCCAGCCUCUCAUCGUAG